AACAUUUGUCAACGCAUCCAAUCACAACCUUUGAUAGAAGAUAUCUCAAAAUUUCCGACCCUUGAAAUAAAGUCCAAAAUUAAAACACAAAAGGGAAAACUCAUUUUUGUUCACGCUCCACACUCAGAAACCGCUCACACAAUCAGAAAAUUCUCUCAAAAUCGAUCUGAGCUCAUCUCAGAAAACUCAAAGUUCGGAGCUCAUCUCAUCUCAUCUCUGACGGGCUGAUUUGCGGUGGUCAGCUGUCUCAUCUCCGACGACAAGCGAGCCGUUGAUAGACUUAGCACUCUUUGCCACCCCAUUUCCGAUUACAGAUUAUUUAUGGCAGAUAAUGAAGAUCAAUCUCAAAUAGAAAAUCCCAUCAGGAAGGUCAAGUAUUUAGCUGAGGAACAAAAUGAGCAUAACCUCUACACAUUCACUCCCAAAGGAAAGUGAGGAAGAUAAUGCCUCUCAAAGUAUCAUAUAUGGUGCAUAUGAUGAUGCAAUUACUGAUAAAAUCAGAAAAUGAUGGAUUUCUUUGUCCCAUUCCUCAGUACCCUUUAUACCCUGCUUCAAUUGAUCUCCAUGGUGGUACACUGGUUCUUGGUGAGGAGAACCAGCGUGACAUUGUGGAAUUCUGCGGGAAAGAAGGUCUUGUGCUACUGGCAGAUGAGAUCAACAAGACUAUUCUGGUGCUUAUACAUAUGAAAGGAUUGAUGUGGAGGGAUCUUUCCAUACUGAAUGGUUCAAGCUUGCCAAACAGUGGAGUUUGGGUUUCAAGACUGAACAUGGAAGUGGACAGAGGAAUUCAUUAGUACCAAAGAAAACCUUAGUAAAUCUUGGUUGUGUAUAAACUGCACAAUUUAUAAUCAUAUUAAUUUAUGAGACAUUAUUUAUAUAGUCAAUGGAAAAGAGUAGGCAUUGACAUUAUUUGCCUCAAGCACAUGGGAUGAAGUACCAUUUAGUUCUUCAUGAUGUUCUAAAAUUUGAAAGAGUCUGUUAAUAAGUAAAAACUAAUUUGCUUGUAAGUGCUUAAUAUAUUUGUUUGAUAGAAUAUGUAUGUUACUAACCAUUAAGAUCGAAUAAUUUUUGUUGGUUGUUUCAAAUUUUGAGUACUUGAGGCUUGACACUAAUUGCUUAUUUGGGCUCUAGUUUGGAAAUAUGUAUUUUGUCCAUUGGUUUGUUUAGUGCAGCUAUUUGCACUGUGUUUGUGUUUUUGUUGAGGGGGUCAUUUAGAAUUUUUAUAGCAGCUUUGGUUGUGUUUUGUGCAGCCACUAGGCUGAUCUGGGUGUUGUAUGGCUACUGGCCUUUUGUUCCUGCACAAAGUAGUUUGUUUUCUUGCGUGUGAUUUAAAUGAAGGAUUUAGUGAUUUAGAAAGCUAAUUGAAUUUUGUUUUGAUA